AUGCCAACUCUGAUGCUGAACGUGCCCGAAAAGCAAUACGACACUUUUUGUGGAAGAGACGGUGCUCUAGAACUGCUCAGCCAGGCACUGCCCGACACCUCGCUGAUGUGGCUGCACGGUAUUACGGGAUUGGGAAAGAGCUCACUUGCUUUGGAAUAUGUUAAUCGGUACAAGAACCGAUACGAAGCCAUCUAUUGGGUGGACGCUGGUGAUACUGGCAAAGUGCAACAAGCUUUCAGCCGACUCUCCGCCUUGCGUGACCUUCUGCCUGACGCGACAGACAACAAUGACCGUCCCUGUCUGCAUUCAGGGCCAAAGUGGCCGUCAACGCCAUGGCCUCAGGACUCUUUCGAGAAGCGUUCUGUAAAGUGGCUCAUAGUACUCGACGGCGUGGACGACUUUGACUGGGACACUAUCGACAGAUUUCGGCCGCCCCGAUCCGAUGCCUCAGUACUGGUCACGAGCAGGAAAUGCAAUAGGAUGCGCCGCACAGUCCGAGCCAAAGCAGAGCCACCCUCUGCUGGAGCGAUGACUGUCGAGCUCCUACCGUUUACUGAGGUCGAGGCCAGCACAGCACUGAAGCGAAUGGCAGGUAUACCGUCAGAUAACGAGGACAAGAUGGUCAGCCGAUUGACAGCGCUCCUAGGAUAUCUGCCGUUGGCUAUCAGCAUAGCGGCUACCUUGAUCCGCGUACAAUGUAUGACCCUGGCCGAUCUUUUGGCAAGCUACGACUACGACUACAUCAACGCCAGAUUCUCUGUGAUAGUGACUCAGCAGAACCUGCUUCGACGAAAACUUGUAGCCAAGAAUAAUAGGCGGCUCGUAAACCACCAUCAGCGAUCUGAUGGAGUCGAUCGAGACUGCCAGGGACUGGCCAUCACAUGGAACCAGCCGAAGUGGAGCGAUCAGCGAGUAGCAUCCCUUCAGCGCUUUCGGAAACGAAUUGGCUUUCACGUAGGCUGA